AUGGACGUGAAGGACAUUCUUUUGUGGCGGGAUGUCAAAGUGUCGGCCGUUGUGUUUGUCAGCGGUUUCGUACUUUUGGUUUGUCUUACACAGUUUAGUGUGGUCAGCGUCAUCACCAAUACUGCUUUAAUUUGCCUCGCUCCCAUGCUGGCCUUGCGACUUCUGCUAACUGCAAGAUCUGCUUUCUUGAAGAGCGAAUUUGAACAUCCACUUAAGUAUGACUUCCUUAACGCAUAACUUAUUUAAAAAGUCAUGAUAAAUAUGUAUAUUGCUUUCAAAAAGUUUCCAAACGUAUACAAAAAUAUUUUAUUUUAUUUAGUAAAUGCCAAGGAAACCAAAAAAAGUCUUACUGAAAUAUGAAAAGAGAACUAUACACAACUAUAAACGAGACUAACUGUAAUUCAUGGGAAUUCAUCUUACCGCUUUUACAUGUAUUAUUUUCAACGCCUAAACUGAAAGACGGCAAAAACUAUUUUGAGACCCUUUUGUAGGGAAGAGGGCUACGUAUGUCCUUAUUAAUUUGAAUCGUUUCGCGUUUUUUAGCGGGAGCCAUGUCCGUAUGGAUAUUUUCACUAUUGUAUUUGUUCUAGUCUAAGUCGCUGUCGUAGUUUCAGCGAAACCCAUCUUUGUGUCGUUUUUCACUACUUGAUAUGUCUUAUGUCGCUUUUUCAAUGCCAUACAUGUCGAUUGACAGAAUUCUACCUAAUUUUUACAUAGCUGAAGCAAGACAUUUCUCAUUUUGUCUCAUAGAGUGUACCUGUCCAAAGAUAUUGAGGUAUCCAAAGACAAGGUAGGUGACAUCGCUUCUACCAAACAUUAUAGUACCCGGUUUUAUACUGAUUGUCUCUGUCGAAAAUUGUACUAGUGCAAGGGGUCCACUAGAGCUGAACUGGGCACGGACAUUAUUAGAGACCUCAAGAUCGAGGUUUUUGGUCAGUUCUCUCAAACUGCGAACGUCAAGAAGUCACAUGAGUAGUGCUUUGCCGUCAGUUUUGAGGUUUGAGGUUUACGUUUGUACGGCUAGAGCACGCUGUAGAGGUUGAGUGAUUACCUCUUCAAAUUGGUUUUCGAGUACAGGAGGGAAGGGGGCUGGGGGAGGGUACAAACAAAGCGAUUUGGAGAAUUGUGCGUACCUCUAAAAAAAUCCUGGCUACGCCCCUGACAAAUAUUUACGUUUUCAAGCUUCUCGAAAAUAGAGGUCGAACAAAGUGUCAAAAACGUUACGUUAGUCCCAUUUUGCAAAACAGAGUGCUUUGAUUAGAUUAUUAGAGUUUUUCGAACCAGUAAAAUAACAAGGGAAGCCAGCUGUAGGUGACUCUGAGCGCACUGAAGUGUGAAGUUACAUCAAAAGACUCAAAAGUGAAGUUAAAUUAAGGGCGUUUGGCCAAAUUAACGAUUUAAUUUCAUCAAUUGAUCUUCAAUGUACGUGUACACAAUCGAGGAUUUUGGCAGUUAAGGUUUGACAGAGAUCACUUCAAUCACGAUUCAGAGAACAGUUUCUCAGUAAAUCACGAUUCAACGACAUUAAAAAUGGUCGAUCACGGCGUCACGAAAACAAGCGUGCCAAUCUCAGAAACACAUUAGUCUAUCUUCAUUUGAUGUAGCCCAACUUCAGUUUAAAUAAGCCCAGCAUGAUUGCUGCUAACCAGAGAAAAGAAUCUUGGUAACCAAAGAAAAUUAUUUUUACUGAUGAUAUCCGUGCUUGUUUUUCUCAUUUUAAUUUGAAACUUAGGCGGACCUGGUUGGUGAAAAAGUCGCUGAAAUUGCUGUUUGUCUGACAUCAAAGUUGAAAAGACUUUUCUUGGUUGAGGACUUGUCGGAAUCUUUAAAGGUAGGCUUUUCAUAAUUAGUAAGGGCACCAUUGCAUUUUUCAAGCAUUCUAAGUUUCAGAUUCUAAGUUAACAGCUCAUUGAUGGCAUGAGCUGUAGCUACUAUGCACAAGGUAACGUAGAAUUCGAAGAUAGACAGAUAUUCCACCAUCUCGUCCCUACUAACUGCCCCUGGGUCUCCGAGGAUGAUAUUCCACGUUCAUCACGCAAAUUUGGCGUUUGAAAAGACUAACUUGCUGGCGUCGUAAGCAGAAGACAAACUAAAUUUAAAAAGGGUAAACGAUAAACGUCGUUUUGCUUGCGUGGAGGGAUAGUCAAAGGAAACCUUUACUGAAGGAAUACGAUUCUUCAAUUGUGAACUGAGGCUUAGUUUAAAUGAUUCUCAGUGCCGGAUCCAAAUCUUGAGAUAAGUGGGGGGGGGGGGGGGGGGGCGGUCAUCCAGACCCUUAGAUAUUAAAGGGGGGCGAUCGGGCCUCAGUUUGGUCUAAAAAUAAGAGGUGACCCCGGGGGGCCCGGGCCACUCCCCCGGAUCCGCCACUAAUUCUGGAAGAGCAGAUUAAAACACUUAAACAAAAACUAAUCUUCAUCUUUUAUCUUCACUGGGAGAAGACAAUUUUCUCGCGCGAGUAGAUAUUAUCUCGUUCCCAAAGGCUUGCGCUGGAUGGGGUAACAAAGGCCCUGAGACGAGUUCACUGUAGAGCGGAUAUAGACUAAAUGUCGCUGCAUACAGCUACCUUCUCAACCUCAUUUCGAGGUUCUCUCUUCCUCCCGAUCCCUAAUCUCUCACUUUCGCCAAUAGCAUUUUCAAUUGCACGAAGAAAUAGUUUUCGUUCGUUUUGACUCCUGAUCCAUGAUCCAGUCGCUUUUCAAAAUGACCGCGAUCUCUCUAACAACCGUAAAUCACUUCACCGUUUUAUAUUUUUAUCAUUAUAUUGUAUUUUAUCGUUUAUUAUGUCGUUGGAGGUUGCAUGGGAGAUUACAAUUUGGGUUUUAUUAACAAGACAGGUCACUAACUAAGAGUAAAAUUCUACUGACAUAAAUGACUACAAAGAAGCUUCAAGCCUGAAUUAACAUUUGCAUGUGCAAAGUUCAAGCGAUGACCAUGAUUUGUGAUCGUAAUGGAACUGGCCCAGUUAAUGAAAAGGUGGAUAGCGUAAUUCACCGGAUAAAUCGCUAUCCAGAAGAUAAGUAUUAGUGAAACUAGUGGAUAGUGAUUUAUCCAUGGAUAGUGUUCUUCAACGUUUAAAAAACCGGCACUGGAAACCAAAUGUGAGCGUGCAUUUACUGUAACAACUACUCGGUUUGUUAUUCCCGCAGCUGUUAAUAGUGCUGUACAUUCUGUCUUAUGUGGCGCAGUGGUUCAGUGGAAUAACGCUCACGUUUAUUGGUAAGCAGACUACGAGCAGUCUCUCUCUUUUCUUAGUCAGUCGAGCGAAAGAUACGAAAAUUAGAACGCGCGCACCCUCGAUUCUCGCGCGUCUUUUACCUUUUUUCUAACUCAUACUCGUUCCCAGAGCCCGUCGUUUCUUUUGGUCACGCGGUCAGGGAGACGAGGAGCUCUCCUAGCAACUUUUAAAAAGUGUCAGAACACUAAUCUAAGAUAUGGAAGUGCUCAGGGUCCCCCGUUCAUUCCAAGAGAAAAGCGACAAAGUUUGUAUCAAAACAAUGUCGACCCCAACUUUUCUAUAUUGCCAAAGCUUGGGGUAAUAAGUUUGCAACUGAACUAAAUUGGCCACGAUAGGCAUAUAGUGAGAAAAAGUGUUUUGCAAAGGAAGACCUUUCUUUUGAAAUCAAUUAAGACAAUAACACCUUAACUAAUACUUACUUUAAAAAAUGAUGUCCUUUUCCUUUUGCGUCGUUGUUUUUUCAGCCUUCGUUGGAGCUUUUACUGUCCCUAAGGUUUAUGACAUAUACCAUGUAAGUACUAGUUGAAUCUGCAAUCAGUCUUUACACUUCAGUGUUAAAAAUAAAUGGUGCGAUGUCAUCUUCAGAAUUUAUUUCGAUACCACAAAUUCUAUAGAUCGUAGAUAAUUAGCCUGGCUAGUAGUUUCGUAGCAGGAGUCUGCGGGACAUGCACUAAAUCGGAGCGAGUUCUGGAAAUCCCUCACUUUCCCCCCAAACUAAUAAACUGCAGGCCAGGGGCUAGAUUAAAUAAGAUAAAGAAACUAAACAUAGAAACUAGCAUGUGAUUACUUCAGAAAAUGCCUAAGACCCGUGCAAAUGGACGCAACAUUGUUGGAUGUUUUAUGUUGCGUCCGUUUACACACGCUGUUGCAUCCACAUGUUGUUGCGCAAACUUUGAAACCUUCUAUUUCUUUAUCUACGUGCAAACGGACACAACAACUCCCAACAUUGUUGGGUUGGACAAAAAUUUUGCGUUUGUUUGCACAAAGCUUUUUCAGUAUCCCUUGUUCACGUCAUUAAGACAGUUCAUGCCGUUUUUUCUGCCAAUGAAAAUCCCUCUAAGGGCCACGAAUUUAAAUCUUUUGCAAGUUUUAUCUCGAGUGCAACUUAAUACGAAAUAAAGAACACUGGGAACUGAUCUCUAAACUUGAAUGAAUCAGGAAUUAAAACAGGGAUGAUCAUUUUAUAACAAAGGAGUUGGAUAUAAAACUCUGUUAUAGAAUUAAAGCUGGAACCUUUGACAUUAAAUUUCAGGGGGAGAUUGACUCGUGUAUAGCGAAAAUAAAUCAAGCCAUCGAAGACAUGACUGGAAAGUAAGUGCUUUUAACCUUCAUGUUUUCAUAUUCUGGAGCAAUUUUUUUACUCACUCUUAAAGCCAUCUGUAAAUACAUGUUGUGGAAGAGGCCUAAGAUUCUUAACGGCCGUGACGUUAAGCCCUACGCCCUGCUUUUUACCUAGCUUGUCGACUUGAAGAGGAUGUAAACAACCCGACACUGUAAUGCAAUGCAACAAGUCGACUCCUCGCGGGGGACUUCUGUUUGCGCUUUGCUCUCCAGACAUCUUGUUAUCAGCUGCAAGUGUCGACUCUUCCAAUCACGCUAAGACAAAUAACAUAAAUAAUGAUAAUAAUAAUAAUGAUGUUGAUGAUGAUGAUGAUGAUGACGAUGAUGAUGACGACGAUGAUAACAAUGACAAAAUAAUAAUGAGGAGGAGGAGGAGGAUGAUUAUUAUGAUAAUGUUGUUGUUGUUGUUGUUGAUGAUGAUGCUUCUGCUGAUGGUGAUAAAAAUAUUGUCAAAACCAUAAGACACGCUUUUUAACUAAUUAAAAUCGAUUGAAACGCCUAUGUGUUUUCAUUCUUAUGUAGGAUAACUUCCAAAGUACCGAUGGUCAAAGGAAAAGAGAUCCCAACUCCGGAUGAUCAAAAUUCCGAGGAUAACGACAAGAAGACGUCUUAAACUCGUUACAUUAUUCGUUUUCAUUAUAAUUCGAGAGAAUUACUUUCUGAUUAGGAUGUUAUGAUUUGGAAAUCUUUUGAAGGCUAAAUUUUGUUUUCAUUAUGGCGCGAGAAACAACUUGUGUUGCAUAAAAGCACCUUAAGAUAAUCGUGAUAUUUUUGCAGGGUAGUGGUGCACUGUGAAUCAGCUCCGAUAUAUCGCCUUCAAUUAUACAAGGUGCACACUACAAACCUUUAGUUAACCUGGCUUAUGUAUGUUUUAUAGCCUGCUCCAAGGCUAUCACCCCAAAAGACUGCACAGUAAUCUAACAUAUGCAUGGACCUCACGAUUCCGUACGGUUUUGCACCGCUCACGAUUAAUAUUAGUAAUGAAUAAUUACUGUCAUUCAGUCAGCGUUUUGGAAAUGUUCCGUUUUUAUCCGUAACUACAAGUUCAGCAAUUCCCACACAUUCUAGCCUGCUAGCAAGCUCUUCGGGGAGCUCUUUUCCCGUCCCGCCGCCAGAGUACCCCGGAAAGCUUGCUCGUAGACUACACAUAUCCGAUCCUAUGAGAGCAUGCACCGGAUACAGUUCGAAAAGAUGUUGCCUAUCUUCAGGGAAACCUUUUUCAAUGUUCAAAUGGAAAGGGAGUGAUAGAUUUGUGUCUAGUCAUUUGAACUGGUAUUACCCUUAGUUACGAAGAAAUAGAAUCGAAAGCUCGAAACAAACAAAAAACAAACGAAUGAGAAGAAUUAAUUGUUUAAAGUGAUCUUGUUCAGCCAAAUUAAAUGCAAUGUAAAAAUA